AUGGUUCCCGGACGGCAUCCCCGGAAUGACCCUGGUCCCCCUGGGUACAAGUAUCCCCAGACCGAACACGGUCCCUCUGGGUACAAGUAUCCCCAGACCGAACCUGCUCCCCCUGGGUACAGGUAUCCCCAGACUGAACCUGCUCCCCCUGGGUACAGGUAUCCCCAGACUGAACCUGCUCCCCCUGGGUACAGGUAUCCCCAGACUGAACCUGCUCCCCCUGGGUACAGGCAUCCCUGGACUGAACUCGCUUCCCCUGGGUACAGGUAUUCCCGGACCGACCUCACUCCCCCCGGGUACAGGUAUUCCCGGACCGACCCCACUCCCCCCUGGGUACAGGUAUCCCCGACUGACACCAUUCCCCCCGGGUACAGGUAUCCCCGGACCGACCCCACUCCCCCCUGGGUACAGGUGUCCCCGGACCGACCCCGGUCCCCCCGGCUACAGGUGUCCCCGGACUGUACCCCUGGGUACGUGUCCCCGGGUACAGGUACCCCCAGUCUGACCCCACUCCCCGCGGGUACAGGUAUCCCCGGACUGACCCCACUCCCCCCGGGUAUAGGUAUCCCCGGACCGACCCCACUCCCCCCGGGUAUAGGUAUCCCCGGACCGACCCCACUCCCCCCGGGUACAGGUAUCCCCGGACCGACCCCACUCCCCCCGGGUACAGGUGUCCCCGGACUGUACCCCUGGGUACGUGUCCCCGGGUACAGGUACCCCCAGUCUGACCCCACUCCCCGCGGGUACAGGUAUCCCCGGACUGACCUCACUCCCCCCGGGUACAGGUAUCCCCGGAGCGACCCCACUCCCCCCUGGGUACAGGUAUCCCCGACAGACACCAUUCCCCCCGGGUACAGGUAUCCCCGGACCGACCCCACUCCCCCCUGGGUACAGGUGUCCCCGGACCGACCCCGGUCCCCCCGGGUACAGGUGUCCCCGGACUGUACCCCUGGGUACGUCCCCGGGUACAGGUACCCCCAGUCUGACCCCACUCCCCGCGGGUACAGGUAUCCCCGGACUGACCCCACUCCCCCCGGGUACAGGUGUCCCCGGACCGACCCCACUCCCCCCUGGGUACAGGUGUCCCCGGACCGACCCCACUCCCCCCGGGUACAGGUAUCCCCGGACCGACCCCGGUCCCCCCUGGGUACAGGUGUCCCCGGACCGACCCCGGUCCCCCCGGGUACAGGUGUCCCCGGACCGACCCCGGUCCCCCCGGGUACAGGUAUCCCCGGACCGACCCCGGUCCCCCCCGGGUACAGGUAUCCCCGGACCGACCCCGGUCCCCCCCGGGUACAGGUAUCCCCGGACCGACCCCACUCCCCCCGGGUACAGGUGUCCCCGGACCGACCCCGGUCCCCCCGGGUACAGGUGUCCCCGGACCGACCCCGGUCCCCCCGGGUACAGGUAUCCCCGGACCGACCCCACUCCCCCCGGGUACAGGUAUCCCCGGACCGACCCCGGUCCCCCCGGGUACAGGUGUCCCCGGACCGACCCCGGUCCCCCCGGGUACAGGUGUCCCCGGACCGACCCCACUCCCCCCUGGGUACAGGUGUCCCCGGACCGACCCCACUCCCCCCGGGUACAGGUAUCCCGGACCGACCCCGGUCCCCCCUGGGUACAGGUGUCCCCGGACCGACCCCGGUCCCCCCGGGUACAGGUGUCCCCGGACCGACCCCGGUCCCCCCGGGUACAGGUAUCCCCGGACCGACCCCGGUCCCCCCCGGGUACAGGUAUCCCCGGACCGACCCCGGUCCCCCCCGGGUACAGGUAUCCCCGGACCGACCCCACUCCCCCCGGGUCCAGGUGUCCCCGGACCGACCCCGGUCCCCCCGGGUACAGGUGUCCCCGGACCGACCCCGGUCCCCCCGGGUACAGGUGUCCCCGGACCGACCCCACUCCCCCCGGGGGGCAGGAGGCGGGCGGUGUGCGACGGCCGACCAAUCGGAGAGCGUCAGCGCCGGGAGGAGCCAAUCAGCGACCAGGUGGUUUGGAGGCGGGUCAGACGGUGACGUGAGGGGGCGGAGCCGCGCGUCCGGCUGUCGCCAGUUGCCAGGUGACGGCGGACGUUCGGCCAAUCAGCGCAGAGCGGAGGCGGCGGCGGCCAAUCAGGCGAGAGCUCAGGAAAUGUAA